AUGGGUGCCCUCAAAUAUGUGGAAGAGAUUCAGAAGAAGAAGCAGUCCGAUGUGAUUCGCUUUCUGCUGCGUGUCCGUUGCUGGGAGCUCCGUCAACUGAACGCUAUCCACCGGGCUUCCCGUCCUUCUCGCCCCGACAAGGCUCGUCGUCUGGGCUACAAGGCCAAGCAGGGCUAUGUUGUCUACCGUGCCCGUGUCCGCCGUGGUGGCCGUAAGAGGCCUGUGCCCAAGGGUGCCACCUACGGUAAGCCUACCAACAUGGGUGUCAACCAGCUCAAGUACCAGCGCGCCCUCCGUGCCACCGCUGAGGAGCGUGUCGGCCGCCGCUGCGCCAACUUGCGUGUCCUGAACUCCUACUGGAUCAACCAGGACUCCACCUACAAGUACUACGAGGUUAUCCUCGUCGACCCCCAGCACAAGGCUAUCCGCCGCGAUGCCCGCAUCAACUGGAUCGCCAAGCCCGUCCACAAGCACCGCGAGGCUCGUGGUCUCACCUCGACCGGCAAGAAGUCCCGUGGUAUCAACAAGGGCCACCUCUUCAACAACACCCGCUCCGGCCGCCGUCACACCUGGAAGCGCCAGAACACCCAGUCUUACUGGAGAUACCGUUAA